AAUUAAACGUAGAAAUAAUGGACAUAAACAAUACAGAUUUGUAUCUGCAUUUUUAUAUGACAAGCGUAUGAAUAAGUUUAUCUUUGAAUUACGCAGUCAGAGUAAUUCACAGUAUAAAUCUAAAAUUUCACCCAUUGGAGGAAACAAAGAGGAUAUCGAGAAAGUAUUCGAUGCUCCAGACGGGUUUGAUAUCGAACAUGAAGGUAUAUUUUCUGCUAUGUCAAGAGAAGUUUUUAAAGAAACAGAAUUAGAUAUCAAAAAGAUUUCCUGUGAGAUUAAAUACUUUGGAUUUGAUAAGAAGAUUUUUGAAACAGAUGGGAUAGUCACCCACGUAUUUCUAAUUAUCUUUGAUAGUUAUGAUUUCAUUCCUUAUUCAAAAGAAAAGAAAAGGAGCAAUGAAGUGAUUGCUUUGAAUUUGUAUGAUAUUUUGAAAAGAAUAAAUGAUAACAAGGAUAAAGAGACAAAAUAUUUCACGCCAACUAUUGAGAAUGUAUUCGAAGAAGUGAACAGUUACUGUAAACUGAUCAAGAAUGAAAUUAUUUUAUUUGGUGGACCAUAUUCUGGGUUAUCAGAAGGUGUUAAGAUAUGCACUGCCUUUUUCAAAAGUAUCGAUCUCGAGGUAUCUAGUAUGCUAACACUUCUAAACUCUUAUCGUGAUCGAAAAGGUUUAGGGUCAGAUCAUCUCUCAAUCAGAGACUUAUAUCCUGAUCACUAUCAUACCAGAGACGAACCAAAAGAAAUCAAACAAUUUCAGAUCCUAGCAGCUUACAAUUCUAUUGAUAAACUUCUAUGUGGUGAAACUGAAGCAGAUGUUGGAAACGAACCAAUAGUAAUUUAUGAAAGGAGUCCAGGAUGUGUAAAUACUUUCAACCGAGCAUAUCAUAUACCCACAUUUUCAUUGGACAGUUUUUAUAAAUUACAUGAUUCGAAAUGUCUAGAUAUUUAUAUUUCUCCCGAAGAUAAUGAGUAUGCAUUCACGAUGUCCAAUAAGCGUAGAUCAGAGUCCCUCGAAGUUAAAGAAGCCUACCAACAAACAUAUAAAUUAUACGAAAUGUACUCACAUCUAGAAUAUCCUAACAAG